CAGUGCUUCCCUGGUCACAUAACUGUUUUGAUCUCGCCGGGAAAAGAUGCCCGCUCUGAUCGGUCGGACCAUGUCGACGAAGGCCAGAUGGAGGCGAAAGUCUCCGUGCGGCUUGACUGGGAUCGUAUGCCCACGCGCGGAUCUACGAUGUCGUUGAAAUCAUCACUACUUAUUUCUCCCCUUACGCACCUCGUUAGGAUGGAGUUGUACAUCUUGCAUUACCGCAGCUGUCAACCGUUCAUCCUUUUCUAUCUGCCCCGUCGCUGUCGUAUCUCCGGGAGACCGAGAAGGCCGUUCCUGUCGACAUGCGUUCCACCUUUUUCGCUCAGGCCGUCAUCGGUCUGAUAGCCGCUGCGACGACCGAUGCUGCCUCACUUCAGCAGAGAGCAGCGGCGUGUGCUCAGCUGCCUGCAGGCUCAGGCUCGAAGCCUGAACCCGACACCGUACCCGCGUUCCUUGCCUUGCCGGCGUUCUCGAGCGCUGCGAAUGGAGCCUCGACUCCGGCAGCAUACGUCAAACAAUAUGGAAAUCUGCAGGGUGCUAGCAUCAUCACGAACCAAUAUCUCGGCGUUUCGUUCUUGAAAUCGUACGAUGUCAGUGCCUGUGCCGCCAAGUGUAACGCCGCCAGAGGUUGUAAUUCUUUCAACCUCUACUUUGAACGCGAUCCAUCUCAGGAACCCGGCAGCGGCAACUCGGGCUGUGCCAAUCCUUGCAGUACGACGAAUAUCAAAUGCGCCUUAUUUGCAGGAUCCGUCACGGCCUCAAGUGCUACCAACAAAGGACAAUUUCGCAACAAGUUUCAGGUUGCGAUCGCCGGUUCCAAUGGCUACACAAAUGCGCUCUACCUAGUCAGUCAGGCUCGGGGCGAGAUCGGACAACCGAGUAACUCGGCACAGCCGUUCUGCUCUUCGAUUCUCGGCUACACGACUCCUAUCGUCACCACCACACUUGUUGCGACAUCUACUCCGCUCAUCACCACGAGCACUACGGGUGUCCAGACCAACUUGGCGACUAUCACCGUCACUGUUCCAUCCACAACAACUAUUACCAACACUCUGUCUACUACGACUACGGUGAUCUUGCCCACGACUACAAUCGCCACCCAGGUCAAUUCCGUCACAACCACAAUCAACAGUCCUACGACCACAAUCGUACCCACGACGACGACCAUUGAGACCGUGACUCUGUCCUUCCCUACUACAAUCUUCACAACGACGACAGCAGCUUCGAUCGUAGCCGUGACCAAGCGACAGGUUACGCCUCUGGUGACUCCGUCGGUCCUGAGCAAAUAUCCAGGUAGCAUCAUCACCUCGGCAUGCUUCCUUGCCGUCUCGCCCAUGACGAAAACCAGCACCGUAACCCGCACCCGCACGUCAACCAUCAGCACCGUCACUGCCACCUCGAUUACCUCGACCACGACAGCUAUCACCGCGACCGCUUUUGCAUCUACUACUGUCAACACAUUUGUGAGCACCACCAAGAUCGGGACAGUCAUUACGACCCCGAUCAUCACCGUCACUGCCACUGUCAUCUCGACCGUGACGCAGAUCGAUGCCCCAGCCAUCACCGUCACCAACUUGGCUAGUGAAACCGCCACAACCUCUACGACGCCAAUUGUUACAGUCGUCGCCACAGCUACUCCCGCUCCGCCCGUCUGCACAGCGGACUACCACUAUUUUCAAGUCGUCGGCGGCGCGUACAACGGCUUAUAUGUAUUCUCUCAACGUAAUGGCGACGACCCCAACUUGGAUGUUGUUUUUACCCGUACCCCGACAGCUUGGUCACUGUCCAGCGACGGGGCCGUCUAUUUGAGCCCCACGCGCGCCUUCAGCUGGUCCUCUAGGCCCGAAGAUCCCUACUAUAUCCUCGCCAGUACAGAAGCUGCCAAAACCGCGAACCAAUUUUUCACCACGUACUGCUCCAUCCAGCCCAGCAGUGCCGUCGCCAGCGUGCCCGGUGCUACCGGCCAACUCGUCUGCCGCCGCACAGAUGGGACGCCGACCAGGUUCGUGACCUGUGCAGGUUACGGCGAAACUCUCUUGCAAACCGCCACCGACGUAUUCUGCGAGGAUCUCGCGAUCGCUGCCAUUCCGGUCACUCUGGCCUGCUAGGUCGAUGUUGUCAUUUGGCGCCCUGCGCACCAACUUCUUCUCAUCGACCACAACCCAUCAUCUCGUUACAUUUUUCUUCAAGCGAAACUGUGUAGAUACUCUCUUCAGCGUGCAUAAUUAAGCAUUCCCCCGACCCAAAAUUCAAUUUUAUCUAUAUUGUG